CAACAUGAUCAUGUCAUGCAACAUGAUCCAAAAUAUUGAUAUCAGAGCAAAUAAUUCAAUAUUCUUCCAAUCUUCGGUUUGAUUUCCCUUAAAUCCAAGUUCAACUGCUAAACGUAUGUUUGACCCUGGCCCCAUUUAAACCGAUCAAGCAUCAUUGAGAAACACGUGUUAUUGUGAUCAACACUGGUUUAUACGGAAAACGACACUGCACUCUUGUGGGGCCUCGUACCGAACAAUCACGGACUCUCGAGCCUGGUCCUAUAAAACACACAUUCUCACUUUCGGUAUUAAUAUUACUCGGUUUGAGAAGUGGAACUUCACAUAAUUACAGAAAAACUACUUUUUGUAGUGGUGUCGGUCUUGUUUAUUCGCAAACUGGGAUCUACAAUUUUGAACGAAAUGUCAUGCAGGGAAAGGAAGUUCGUCUCCAUGUUAGUUUGUCUUGUAAUGACUUUUAUAGUCUGUGAUUCUGUACCUGUAUACACGGAUCUUUUGAUGAACCCGGAUGAUAUUUCUACACUCGUCAAAGCUGCGAGCUUUCUGGCUGAUUACGGCUUUAUUUCACCGGAUAAGGGAAACGCCCCUCCAGACCGAAUGGACGUAGCGGAAAUGACCAUAGCUGUAAAGAAGAUGCAGAAAUACGCAGCGGUCAACCAGACGGGUCGACUUGACCAGGCUACCGUGAAGAUGAUGAAGACGGCCCGAUGUGGUGUGCACGAUGAACCUGAUGAAUUAAUGGAUACGAGGAUAGAGAGUACAGACGCACCCGGAGAAGAAGGAAACCAACGGCACAAGAGAUACGCCGUGGCUGGUUUGAAAUAUAAAUGGGACAAAACGAAUCUUAAAUACAAGAUAACUAAUUACCCAGACAGCUCAAAGUCCCGAAUCACCCCAGCUCAGGUAGAGCAAGAUACAGAAAGGGCAUUUCAACUGUGGAGUGACGUCACACCUCUGUCCUUCGCUAAGGUAGAGGGGGACGAACAAGCCGAUUUGAAUAUUUUAUUUGGCGCCUUUUACCACACCGAAAUAGUACGAGACCCGUUGUUUGACGGUCUGAAAGGGACACUGGGCCAUGCUUUCUACCCCAAUAGUGGUUGGGGAGACGCGGACGGUGAUGUGCAUCUGGAUGACUCUGAGGUAUUCACCCAUCAAGAACAUGCAGAAGGAACUGAUUACCUGUAUACGGUAACUCAUGAGAUAGGUCACGCUCUUGGGUUGGCUCAUGCUUCAGAAAAGAGCUCACUGAUGUUCCCCUACGACAAGGGUUAUAUCCCUGACCUCAGACUACCCAAAGAUGAUGUCCAAGGGAUUCAGCUUUUAUACGGACGGAAUCCAAGGGUUCUAGAUGUACCUGACGUGGUUCCAGAGCAUCCAAUAUGCAUCAUUGGUAUCCACAGCCUGACAAUGGUCAAGAAAAUACUCUACGUAUUCACAGGAAACAAGUUCUGGAAACUCUCGAUGUCUAAAAAUGUAAUCGGUCCGGAGGAAGGCACUUUAGCUAAGGACUACUUCCAUAAUGUUAAGGAUGGCUCGUCGGCUGUGUAUACACGAUGGGACGGUAAAACUGUCUUCUUUCGAGGUAGAAAUUACUGGAUCUACGAUGGCACGACAAAGGAGCAGAGAACACCUCUUAAAAUAGCUGAACUUGGAGUACCUAAGGGGCCUUCUGCAGUCAUGCAUGACAGCAAUGAACGACAUACAUACUUCUUCAAGUGGGCUAAGGUUUGGAAGUACGACGAGACAACCCUGAGCAUUGUAGAUGGUUUCCCCACGGCAGCUCACAAAGUAUUCCAAGGGUUGCCAGCAAAGAGCAGAGUACAAGCAGCAUUCGUUGAUAAAUCAGGUGCCAUAUAUCUUCUUGUUGGGCGUGAGUACUACCGGUUCGCGAAUGGGCAGGAGUUAGACCCCGGCUAUCCCAAAGAUUUCCUCGUUGAUUAUUUUGGCUGUCAGCCACAUUAGUCUACAUAACAAAGGUCCCAUUUGGAGACAACAGUUUUAUGUAAACUUUUUUUUUAUUAUAAACUUAUUAUAAAAUUAUAUUUGUUUAAAACAAGAAAACAGUUUUAUUGUGAAGUUAUUUCAGUAUUUAGACUUCGAUGAAUAUUAAUUUGCAUGAUUAAAAGUAAAUGAUACCAACGUCAAUUUAAGUAAAAAUCGGUCAAUUUGAUAAACACACUCACGCACUUUCCCCAAAUGUAUCAAAUUAUGGUUUCUUUUAAUAAGCAGGACAUAAUAACGCAUCAGAUUUCCUUUUCGUGAACACAUAAUUUUGUUUUUCUCAUCAGAUUCUUUUCAGUCAUUCCAUUUCGUUUUAGGCAUUCACAACUGCGUAACGCUGUGAUCGUUCUUGGGUGGAGUUUAUACUAUCUUUUUACACACUUGUGGCUGGCUUUUACGAAACUGAACGAAUCUUGCGGGCCUAGUUGACUAUUGAGUGAUCGUUCCGGCCAGUGACGGUUGAAUGUUGAUUUAAAGGAGCAUUAAUUUUGAAACGAAAUUGAAUGAGCUGCAAGAAAAUUAUUCCUAAAUAAUUUGAAUAUACUUUUUUUUAUAGAAAUCAAGAAAUGUGACCCAAUUAAUUACUUUGUACAUGAAUCGACAUGAACAAUUGGUUAAUUUAUACUAAACGUAAGUGUGUUGCAAUGCUGAUUUACAAAGCUUGUUAUUUCCAGAAAUUCCAGAAAGACAAUGCUGAUAUCGUGCUGUAGACAAAAGUGGGGUCAAGUUCACCACCUGUUUGUACCGGUCGAACGUACCUGCACUUGAACUUCCUAAUACAGCACGCUAUGAUACUAAAGUACAUGCACCCCCAUUAUCCGAAUCAAACACCCCUUAGCAUGACUCAAGGUAACCAGACACUUCAAAUUGUUCAUUAUUAAUAAACGAUUGCCAUGGCGACCCUUACAUCCGAGUAGGACCAGCUCGCUGUGACCGUCUCUUUAAGCUGAAGUCGCAGCAGUGGGUCUUGAUUCAUAUAGGAUUCAAGCAGUGGCGAAGAUCGAAAGAAAGGGCUUCGCCAAGUUCACGGAAUGAGAAACUGUUUUUCCAAGCCUGUCAGCUGGCCACAUUGACCUCAAUUCAUAUGACUUUAUAUGACAACUCAUCACUGUGUACUUUAACAAGUGUAUUCUGAUUCAAACGGUGAAAACAAUCAAUUAUGAUAUCCUAUUCCAGGAAAACUUCGUCCCUUCAAACACUUUCAUUAGUUUUUCUGGUUUAAGUUCAUGUGCGGACAUAUGGACCCAGUUUCAUAGAAAGUAGCUCGGCAC